AUGCCUCGUAGCUUCGAAACUGCUAGGCCAUGCGAGAAUUCUGAUCAAAACGGCUCACGAGAGCGCUCUGUAAUCUCUGCUCCAUCGGCUCAGCUGCCGCCAACUCCUUUAGGUCACAAGGUCAAAUGCACUGAGAAGAUGGCCUCUUGGAUACCAUCUUCUCCACACGCUCAUGAGGAGCAGAGAUCACGAACACCAUCCAAGGAACUGUAUGAACGGGAGAAAAAUCGACUUUUACGGCAGCCGGACUGGGCAGGUCUACGCUUCUCGAACCCAGUUAAAAUUAGCUUUACAACUCCGGACGACAAAUACAAGAUAGGUAAGCGCUGUAGAACUGUCAAGAUCAGGUCUGUUGCACAGCUGCCUAUGUCACUUCCGCAGCAAUUUUGUUUCAGAGAAAAGGAGGGUUUCUUGCACGGGGCUCUGCAGAAGAGCUCUACAGACAUUAGCGUCAAGAUGGGCGGCGAACUUGAAGAAAUCCAAGGGAAUGCGGUUGCGCAGCAACAUAGCUCAUCUAAUAGUUGUGUUGAGGGCAGUACUAGUUCCUCUGAGCCCAUGCUUUUAGAUGAAGAAUCUGGCCGCUCCAGUUCUGCAGAUAGGAGGACACAAUCUGACACCAUUGCGAAGACGUGCAGUAUCAUUGACCAACAUAAACAAUUGGAUGAAAUUGGGUAUGCCACAGGCAACAUCCACAGAUCGAAGGGAGACAAGCAUAAAAAUCACUUUCUAUCCUGCCUCGAGCCACUUCCUUCUCAGUGCAGCCAUAGCGGAAAUGUAGAAGGAGGCAUCUCAAGCAGUGCCAAAUUAUGCUACGAGUCAAAAAUGCUUUCAGCUCCUCCACAUCUGCGGUCUUGUUUUAGGAGCGUCAGUAGGACGCAGGCUUUCAUCGACAAUCCACAUGGACGUGACGACUUGAUCGCGCUUGAGAACUCUAGAAAAGAGCGAUUGCCAACUGGAAGCUCUCUUUUCCAACUACGCCAUCACGAAAAAAAUCUUUCGGAUGAUACGAAUUUGCAGACCACAGUUGAUAGGACCGAUGACGAUUAUGACAACAUGCAAUCCAUACAAGACAGCGACACUGGGAAUGAUCAUGUCCCAAGAUCGCUCGCGAUCAAGGGCGAAUGCUCAGAGGAUCCGGAAAAUUGUUUGGCAGAGGGGGUAAACUUUUCGAGGUCAUUGGCGACACCAUCGAUAAACGAAGAAAACGACAACGAAUCCAUCACCUUGCCAACAGUGGUAAGACACAGCAUUAAAAAACCUGAGAGCCAUGGAGCUCCAUAUCAAAACGACAACUGUGCGUUUGUUGUAGGCGAACGUAGUCAAGAUACAGCCUUUGAGUUACCUUAUCAAUUCACACAGGGAUCAGAAUCUGAGUCGAUUAAACUCGAGUGGAUUAACAAUGACCCAGCCAUGCUCUGGAAGCGUUUCAUCUUCUACAGCAGCUCAGACAAUUGA